AUGUCCCUCACCGCACAAUCAUAUGGACAUUGGAUAAGAAUAUGGUCAGAAUCUUCCGAUUGGUUAAUGCAGGCACGACAUAAAGUCGAUCAUGAAAACGAAUGGGCAACAGCAACAGCGACUGGCGGCGGUGGAUCAGGUGUCGAGGUGGCUGUUCGGUGGUUGAACAGGAGGAACACCAAUAGUGCUUGGCUGAUCGAAGGAGGCAGAAAGAGAGGGGUGGCAGCAAAGCCGUUGCCGGCAGUUUGUGGCAGCGAGGCUGCUCCGGCGACUCUUGGUUGUCCCUUCUUUGGUCCGACAGCAAAAGCAAAAGGGGAGGGAGAAACUAGCAGCAACUGUGACGACUUCAGGGGUGGGGUGAUUUUUGUUGUUUCAAUCGACAGGGAAUGAGUAAGGAAAAGAACCAAAAGAAGAGGUUGAUGCCUCUUGUUGUUUCUUGGCAGCCACGGUCAAAGAAGAAAGAAAGAAGAAGAAUAAGAGUGUUUGAUAGGGAUUGAGUGUGUUUUUGUAUAACACGAUUAUGUGUAAUUUUGGGUAAGAUGAAGUGUAUAAGAAACAUACUUGUCAAUCCCAUUUAUUGUUGUACUUUGAGGUAAAAUUAGAA